AGUUUCAAAACAUAAUAAACAAAAUGGAAAUGACAUAUAUAUAACCCUGCUACUAUAUAUAUAUAUAUAAGAGUUUCACACACAGCACAUAGCUAUUGGCACAAACGUAGAAGACAUGAAACAGGACACACAUAUCAUCCUCAAGGUCAAUGGCCAGGAUGGGAAUGCAACUUUUGUUUGUAUUGAUAGAAGCAGUCAACUGAAAAUGCUCGUUAAAGCUUACUGUGAUCAUCAUUCCGUAGAUCUUAACUCAGUUACUUUCUGGUUUGAUGGGAAUCAACUCCAGGGAGAUCAUUCUCUCGCUGAGCUGCAUAUGAAUGAUUGGGAUCAAAUAGAUGCCAUCUUCUAUGAUCCGAGUGCUUGCGUCAACCUCAAAGUCAGCCUGAAUUUCAAGGGCAAGAUUGAGAAUGAGUUUUUCUCCAACGUUCGUAGAAGCGAUCAAUUGAAAAAUCUUAUGGAUGAUUACUGUCGUCGAUAUUGGUUGGAUAUUGAUGGAGUUGCUUUUCUCUUUAACGGCCGUCUCCUCCGGGCUGAGCAGACUCCUGACGAGCUGCAAUUGGUGAACGGCGAUGAGAUAGAUGUUGUUUUCUAUGAUCAACUUGCACGCAUGAAACUGAAGGUCAAGUGUCAGGAUGGGAAUGAAAUUUUCUUUUCGGUUAACAAAAGCACUCAACUGAAAAAGCUGAUGAAUGCUUACUGUGAUCAUCAUUCUGUAGAUUUCAACUCAAUUGAUUUUCUGUUUAAUGAGCAUCGCAUACAGGAGGAGCAGUCUCCAGAUGAGUUGCAAAUGGAGGACGGAGAUGAAAUAGAUGCUAUCGUCUAUGAUCAGAGCAGACGCAUCAACCUCAAGGUCACGAGCCAGGUUGGGUUUGAGGCUUUCUUUAGGAUCAAUAGAAGCACUCGGUUGAAAAAUCUUAUGGAUGUGUAUCGUCGUCGGUAUUGCUUUGAUUUCAAUGGAGUUGCUUUUCUGUUCAAUGGGCGACUCAUCGAGGCAGAUCAGACUCCCGAUGAGCUGGGAAUGCAGAAUGGAGAUGAAAUGCUAGCAGUGCUUCAGCUAAUAUGUGUUUAGCUUUUAGUGGAUUUAGUUUUUUGCUAGGAUAAGCUAAUUAAUGCAUUGAUUUUUUGGGAUUGGAAUUGGAAUUAGUUUUUUUGGUUGGAAUAGGCUAUUUUGCUGCAUUGAUCGUAUGUCAAAUACUUGCCGGUCAGAAUUGUGUUCAAAUAGCAUGCCUCAGUCAAAA